UUUGCAUUUACGGUUUAAGCUGCCUUCAGGGUCCAGUCUGAUCUUUACCUCCAGGUCUCUGUGGAAGCUCAGUGCUAUGUCUGAUUUAAAGAAGCUAUGUAGUGGUCUACCUCUGGAUCCCCUACCACCUAACCGGGGUAGAGAUCCCAAUGUACCACAUGCACCUAUUCGGACUCCCAACCUCACAGCUGAAGAGGAACGACUGGCCCUGAGAAAUGCCUUGCGCUACUUCCCCCCCUGCCACCACGCAACUCUUGCUCCUGAAUUUGCUCAAGAGCUGCGGCAGUAUGGGCACAUAUACAUGUACCGCUUCUGUCCCACAUUACAGCUGAGAGCUUACCCCAUAGAUCAGUAUCCCUGUCGGACACGUCAAGCAGCAUCCAUAAUGCUAAUGAUCAUGAACAACCUGGACCCGGCUGUUGCUCAGUUUCCCCAAGAGCUGGUCACAUACGGAGGGAACGGACAGGUGUUUAGUAACUGGGCCCAGUUUUGCCUUGUGAUGCACUACUUGAGUGAGAUGACAGAGGAGCAAACUCUGGUCAUGUACAGCGGACACCCCAUGGGCCUGUUCCCCAGCCUGCCGUCCUCACCUCGCGCCAUCAUCACCAACGGCAUGGUUAUUCCAAACUAUUCCUCCAGAGAUCAAUAUGAGAAAAUGUUUGCAUUGGGUGCAUCAAUGUACGGUCAAAUGACAGCAGGCAGCUACUGCUAUAUUGGACCUCAGGGGAUUGUUCAUGGCACGAUGCUGACAGUGCUGAAUGCAGGCCGAAGGUACCUUGGCACGGAUGACUUGAGAGGCCGUGUUUUUGUGACUUCUGGUCUGGGGGGCAUGAGCGGGGCUCAGGCGAAAGCUGCUGUCAUCUCUGGCUGUAUUGGAGUGAUUGCUGAGGUGGACGAGGUUCCGCUGAGAAAGCGACAUGAGCAAGGCUGGCUGAUGGAAGUCACCAGCAGCUUGGAUCAAUGCAUUAAACGUAUCAGAGAUGCCAGGAGCUCCAAGACUCCCCUCAGCAUGGGUUACCAUGGCAACAUUGUGGACUUGUGGGAGCGGCUCCUGUUAGAGUAUGAAAGGACCGGAGAACUUCUGGUGGAUCUGGGUUCAGAUCAGACCUCACUGCACAACCCUUUCAAUGGCGGCUACUACCCAGUCUCACUUAGCUUCCGUCAGGCCAACCAGCUCAUGGCCACUGAUGCUGGACGGUUUCGAAGCACUGUCCAAGAGAGCCUCCGAAGACAAAUAAAGGCUAUCAACAAGUUGUCUGACGCAGGUAUGUUCUUCUGGGACUAUGGCAAUGCGUUUCUCCUGGAGGCCCAAAGAGCUGGUGCAGAUGUUAAAAAAGUUGAUGGAUUAGCAACAGAGUUCCGUUACCCUUCUUAUGUUCAGCACAUCAUGGGGGAUAUUUUCUCACUGGGCUUUGGUCCAUUUCGUUGGGUGUGCACAUCUGGUGAUCCCAAAGAUCUGGCUGUAACCGACGGCAUCGCUACUUCUGUUCUGGAGGAAAUAAGUGUCAGUGUGUCGGAUCGCAUCAAACAGCAAUACAAGGACAACCAUCGCUGGAUCAAAGAGGCUGGAAAACACAAAAUGGUGGUGGGAUCUCAAGCUAGAAUCCUCUACUCUGACCAGAAAGGAAGAGUCAGCAUUGCUUUGGCUAUCAACCAGGCCGUCGCUGAUGGAAGAGUUUCAGCACCAGUGGUUAUUAGCAGAGACCAUCAUGAUGUUAGCGGCACAGACAGCCCCUUCAGAGAGACUUCGAAUGUUUAUGAUGGUUCUGCUUUCUGUGCAGACAUGGCAGUCCAGAACUUUGUAGGUGAUGCCUUCAGAGGUGCCACUUGGGUCUCCCUGCACAAUGGUGGAGGCGUUGGCUGGGGAGAGGUGAUGAAUGGGGGAUUCGGUUUGCUGUUGGACGGCACAGCGGAUGCAGCUAAACGUGCCAGUCUGAUGCUCAACUGGGAUGUCUCCAAUGGGGUGGCACGUCGCUGCUGGUCUGGAAAUGUGAAUGCCUAUGAGACCAUCCAGCGCACCAUGGAGGAGAACAGGCAGCUGUGUGUCACCAUGCCAUUUCCUGUGCAGGAUGAGCACGUACUGGACCGUGCCUUGCAGGGCUAGCUGAUACUUGAGCAUAUGAACCAGCCAGUACAGGCAUGCAGCAAUAAAAAACUUGACAGUUAGACUUAUCCGUCCGUUUGUUUUCUCCACCUUGCCAGUCCAUGAAGCUGCAAUUACUUCAGUAUAUUUAUCUGAAAAAACUUUAUAGUUCAAAUCAUAAACUUAAGAUACACAUUAAGGAAACUCUAUGCACUGGAAAUCUUUCCAAUCAUGCAUAUCUGUGCCUGACACCAUUGAAUUAAUCGGUGUCAAAAAUCUUCCAUAAACUGUCAGAUAUUAAGCUGAAGGAUGCAGCAAUGAUCAUUUCUAGACUGUUUUAAAGGUACCAGUAUUUAAUCUUUUUUUUUUUUAAAGCUAGAGUUCCUGCUAAUCAGUUAACCCUAGGAUGGUGCAGAUGGACCCCAACUCCUGCAACUCGGGCUGCAGAUGGAGAAAGAAAGCCUUCAUGGACCAACUCCAAACCACAAAACAGGCUCAUAAGCCUGCAUGAACAAAACCAAAAAGAGGAUGUUAGCAGUGACUGAGAUUUCAGUAAAGAAUAUUUACCUACUGCACCUUUUAAUCAUUUUAUUUGCGAUAUUAUAUUAUAUGUGUGUUGUGUUGAAAAUAAAACUGAAGGCAUGCAU